AUGCCUCGACGAACUGUUAUAGAGGAUAGCUCAGAUGAAGAAACGAACGAUGCAAAUAUCCCUUCCGACGAGAGCCUAGAACAGGGCCUACGAGACGCUGUUGCGAAUAUCUUUCGGACGGGGAAUUUGGAGAAUUUAACCGUCAAGCGCGUACGAUUAGCGACAGAAUCUGCGUUAGGCUUGGAGGAGGGUUUCUUUAAAUGUCAUGAUACUUGGAAGGCGAGGAGUGAUCGCAUGAUUAAAGAAGAAGCCGAAGCACAGGAAGAACACAAGUCACAAAGACAAGACAAAGCAGCCCGUGAAAGCCCAGCACCCGCACCAUCCUCCAAAACAUCGAAUCGCAAGGCAAAUAAAUCUGCCAAACGAGAUUUAGAAGAAGCUAUGCCCAACAAGAAGAAGCGACGAAAAGUGGCUAGUGACAUAGAAUCGGAGGAAAUCAUUUCUCCAUCGGAAGAAGAAGAAGAGAAAAGUACUAUAACGUCGCCCAAGCCUAUAUCGAAAGUGACGGCAGUCCAAAAGCAGGCAUCAGAUGAAUCCGAAAACGAAAAACCUCAGAAGCCGCUUGACGAAGAGUCAGUUGCUGAUAAAGGUGAACAAUCCGAAAGUGAAAUGUCGGUUGUGCUAGACGAAGAACCGAAGCCCAAGCCCAAGAAGCGGCAAAAGGGUGCGCAGACUGCACCUAAAGCGCCUAAAGCGAAGAGCGCAUCAAAGGCCAGCGGGAUUGUAGACCCGGAACAAGCGGAAAUUAAGCGUUUGCAAGGGUGGUUAAUUAAAUGCGGCAUUCGCAAGAUGUGGCAUCGCGAGUUGGCAGAUUAUGAAACCCCCAAGGCUAAGAUUAAACACUUGAAGAAAAUGCUGGAGGAUGCAGGCAUGAAAGGUCGCUAUUCCAUUGAAAAAGCACGCCAGAUACGCGAAGAAAGAGAACUUCAGGCAGACCUGGAGGCAGUGAAAGAAGGCGCCUCCAAAUGGGGUGCUGGCGGUGCUGUUGACGGAAGCGAUUCCGAACAGGAGAAACCUCGCAGACGACUAGUGAAGGGCCGCCAGAGUCUUGCAUUUCUUUCCGACGAUGGUGAAGAAACGGACUGA